AUGAGCGACAUUGAUGAUGGCCAAUCUUUGGUCAAUGAACACCAGAAUUCCCUAAAGCCUAGCAGAAGCCACAAGUUUCCGAAUAUUCUUCUUGAUCUAGCCCACUUGAAUAUAAAGAAUAAGAUUACUGAAAAGGAGAAAAAGAAGAAAGAGAAGAAGAUCAAAGAGAAGAAAAAGAAGAGCAGAUGAAAUUGUAGCCACUUUUACAACUCUUCUUCAAUCAAAGUUCAAAUAUUUAUUUGUACAUCUAUUUCUUUAUUCUUUGUGAUCUUAUUUUUGUUCUUCAUUAUCUCCAUAAACCUCAUCGUCAUGAGAUCGAAUGCUAAAAAUCAAAUCGACAAAUCUAUUAAUAAGGAGUAUCACGAAGGCUUAGUUUUUCACAGAGAAAUAGCUUCACAUUUAAAUAUGAACAAAAAUAUUUCUGAAUACAUUAUUGAUAGAGGUAGAGACCUUUUAACAGGAAUCCUUGAAGCAGAGGAGAGUGCAGGUACUACUGCACCGACAGAUUACCCACUAAACUGGAAAGAAUUUUCUACUCUUCCUACACCAACACAAACUACAUUGACUCAGAGUUCUGACUUUAGUAACCUUGGAAUAAAUACUGAGCAAAUGACUCAUAUUGUUCCCAGUGGCGCUACCUCAGUAAGUGAUAACAUUUUGAAGAAAGUUAAUGCACUUAACUCAGUAUGGAAGCAGAUUAAUAAGAUCAGAGUAGGAGGAAGUGAAGAGGGAGUUGAAAUCACUCGGACCUUUAUCAUGCUCGAAAGUAGUCCCUCAACCACUACACAGAUUUUGGCAACUGUUCCAGGGCAAAAUUUCACUUCAAAAAUCACUUCUUCCCAGUACAGUGGUUAUAGUUGGUAUCAAGAAGCUAUUAGUGACAAUUCUAAACUUGUAAAUAUUCCAAUGCAAGAGAACCCAUUCAAUGGAGGCAUUAAGAUCGCACUUGGAUAUAUAAAAGGGUUUACAGCUGGAAGCCUGAAAGGUGCAUUUGGAGUUCAUUAUAACGUCAGCUCAAUCAAAGACUUAUUGGAUCCUCAUGUAUCAACAACUAAUUCUAAAGUUGGGUAUUAUGUUUGGAUUAAUGAUGAUAAUUCAAACAUAUCUGCAGACCCUUAUAAUCUUCUCGGAAAUCACUCAUAUCUCAAAGAAAGUGCUUUUAGCUAUAGCGCUUUAGAUACAGAACUAGAGAUUCUUUAUGAUGUAAUCCAAGGCUCUGAAGAAAAUACAUAUAAACUUCGAAAAGUCAAGCAAAAGAGUAACUCUGGAGCUAUCUAUAAGCUCGGGGUUUAUAAAGAAGGUAUUUUUGAAAUCAUGGUUGUUGUCAGUCCUUCAAGCAUCGACGAUUUUAGUAAUGAGCUGAAUAAUAAAAUCGAUGACAAAUUUGAAGCUUUGCUUGUAAUUAGCUUUACAAUCAUUCUUUUGGUGUCAACACUGUUAGGGAUUUGAGUAUGCAUCUACACAUAUAAGACCAUCCGUCCUGUCAAAGAACUGGGAAAACUCACAGAAGACAUUAAGAGCAAGUAUAAAUUAGAAGAGAUUAGGACAGCAGUCAAUAAAAUGAAUCUAUUCAGAACAAAACAAGAUGUAUAUAAAGAUGAAAUAGACACUUUGACCUCUCUUUAUUACGAGUUUUUCACUGAUGAGAAAAUUGGAGGAGUAAGCAAGGGCUUUAAGACAAUAAUUUCAUCUGAUGAAAAUUAUACCAAAAAUCCUUACUACAAAAGUGAUAGUGACGACCAAAAAGACUUUAAUAUUCUCGAGGAUGACGCAACUAUUUUUAGCAAGAAUAAAACCCCAAGAGAAAACGAAGAAACUAAAGAUUUAGCAGUGCAAAGUUCAGUGGAGAAAAGUGUUUCAGAAUCAGAAGAUCAAUAAUAGAUGGCAUAUACUUACUUUUAUUCAAGUUUCAAC